AUGCCUGAUAGCUGUUGUCUCAGAACCUGCCAGGCCGUUCCAUCUGCACCUACCAUCCCCUUCUAUGCCAAUGGUGGCACCCAUGGAAAGGCCAUCUACCUGCCUAGUUCCUGCCAAGGCAAAACGUGGCAACUGGUUACCUGCCAAGAAACCUGCCAGCCAUCUAGCUGCAACUUGAAUUGCCCUGAGCCUACAUGCUGUGAGCCCACAUCCUGCCGAGUAAAUUGCCUUCCAUCAACAUCUUACGUGGGUUUUGUCUGCCAACCCAUUUGUAAUGGUGCUAGGUGCUAUGAAGCCAGUGGUGGCCAGUCAGCUUGUAUCGUCAGCAGCUGUCCACAACCUUGCUCUGAAUCUAACUCUUGCCAAUCAACUUGUGAUCCCACUCCCUGCCAACCAGCUUCCUGUCAGGAAGCUGUGUGUGCAUCUGGGUCAUGUCCAUCAUCUUGCUGCCAACCAACAGUCUGUGAGUCCAGUUCCUGCCAGCCAAUGUGCUCUGAAUCCACUUCUUGUCCUCAGAUGUCCUGCCAGGCAGCCGUCUGCAUGCCUAGUCCAUGCCAAUCAACUCCUUGCCAGAUAAGUUCAUGUCAACAGACUAGCUGUGAAGACCAGUCCUGUGGACCAACUUACUAUCAACCUGUCUACUUUCUCAGCUCUUGCCAACCAUUUCCUUGCCUGCCUGUUUCCUGUCAGCCAUCUUUCUGUAUGCCUGGCUCUUACAAACAAACUUACUGCAUUCCUACGUCCUUCCGGACCUUUUAUUGCCAGCCACCUUCUUAUAUGCCUUAUGUCUGCCAGCCAGUCAGCUGCCAACCCAAAAGUUCUGUGCAGAAUUCCUGUAAAUCAGUCUGCGGAACCUCUCUCUCCUGCCAACCAACUCGUUGUGUGCCCCCUUCCUACAAAGGGGACGGAUGCAAGUCCACUUCUUUCCAGCCAGCUUGCUGUGUGACUGGUUUGGAAAAACCAUCUAGCUGUGGCAUUGGUUACUACCAACCCACUUCACCAAGUUCCUGCAAGACAAAUAGACGCCUGUUCAGGUCCUGUCAACCUGGUAGCUAUGUAUCUUGCAUCCGCAAAGCUACCUAUUGCUAA